CUUGACACUUUUACCCAAUCAGGUCAGACGUUCACUGUACUCAGACAGUCUGAAACAUGGCGUUGCGGGAGCUAUCAUCGCUGGAGAAAUAUUUAGGACUUAAAAAGCCGAACAAGUACAGUACUCAGGGGGAUAAAAAGGUACCCGUGUUACAGAAUAAUAAUGGUCCUCCAUUGGUGGGGCUGGUGACAAUUGCCUGUCACCUGGUGAAAGAGGCCAAGCGCCCAGAGCUGUUGGGUGACUCCACAGAGAGCAGGGCUGUGGUGCAGCAGUGGCUGGAGUACAGAGUCACCAAUUUGAACGGAUGCACAAAGGAUGAUAUGAAGACUGUCCUGAAGGACCUCAACAUCUACCUGCAAGACAAAGCCUAUCUGGCAAAAAACCAGUUCACCCUAGCUGAUAUUCUCAUGUACUAUGGAAUCCAACCACUCAUAGUGGACUUGGCCAUUCAGGAGAAGGAGCAGUAUGUGAAUGUGACAAGGUGGUUUGACCACAUCCAGCACUACCCCGGUGUCCGACGCCACCUCUCUCCAGUAGUUGUGCUCAGGAACAGAAUUUACACCAGCAGACACCACUGAGAUCUGAUCAGACCCAACCCAACCUGACUGACCACAACUCUUCUGUCCUUUGGACGAGAUCAUGUCAUAUUAUUUUCUGAAAUCCAAGAGUGUAUCCUAUCAUCGUCACAAGUUGAGGAUGUAUUCACGGUCAUUUCUAGCCAAGAAUUUCUUUUAUUACUUUUUUUUUUUGGAUCGUUAUUCCUGCCUGUAUGUUUUUUUUUCUGGUCACACACACACUUUCUUUGUGUCUUGUAUUCUUUAAAAGAUACAUUUAACAAGGGAGAUUGGCAAAGAACAAAAAAAACCUUGUCUUUUAGGUACAAAAACUCCUUUAAGGGAAUUCUUGCUAAUAAAUAUAGUUCAGUUCACAUUCUUUAAAAAUGUCAGUGUUUUUAAUAAUUUAAUUUAUCAAGAGUUGGGAGUGGAAGCAAAGAGGUCAUUUGUCAUCUUAACCUCAGUUAUUUAAUCACACUAACACUAUUUAUAAGGAGUUUGGUGUCUUAACCCUUAUUAAGCAGUGAGGGAGCAAUGAUGUGAGACAGUUACAUUUUUGUCCUGUGUUGACAAUGUUAGUGGGUCUUUUGGAAGCCUACGGUUAUUUUCUAAGGGAAGGCUGUACAGGUUAUGGCAACGUGGAAAGUAAAUGCUGCUAGCUUGUUAAAAAGGUGUUUCUAUUUAUAAUUGGUGGUUAACUGGUAAGUUUUGUGCAUCUGAGCCUUGAAUAUGCGAUUACAGGUAUUACAGGUUCAAAUAAGACUUAAUCUAAUGUUACUUAACUGGCAGCACAUUAUGUCCUUAGGUAAAACAUCUUCUUUCAUGCCAGAUCAAUGCAUUUUUUUUUCACAUCAGUUUGUCCUAAUAAGUGUGGUUGCUGGUUCAACACCAUAACCCCAUAAUAAUCACUGUAACUGCCGAGUCACAUUUUUGCAGUCUACCAUCAACAAAUUUAGUUAGUCUCUCAGCUUCCAUCCCUGACAGGACUGUGGUGGAUUUUGUUUGUUUUUUGUUUUUACCUUUUCUCUUUAAGUUUUUUUUGUCUAUCAUAUCCAACUCCCAGCCAUUUCAGUGGAUAGUUUAGUUUUUCUUUUUGUGUGUGCGUUCGUGAUUAUAUCCCGCUCUCUGUUCCACUUCCUCACCAGUCGUGUGGGCAGCAGUGAGCAGUUGAGCGUCAGCCGCAGAGUCAGAGAUCAGAGUGAGGCUCCAAUCAGUCCCACUACCACCACUGUUGAUGCUGCAGGCCAGAGAGAGGGCAGCGGGCUCACCAGCUGCCACACAGAUCCAGCCAGCCAAGGCCAGAACCCAGGCCCCUAGGCGACAGUCAGCCACUGUGUGUCAUUUCAACCCUUACGCUCCCACGGGGCUACUGGAGAGAGAAAGAGGAAGGGAGGGAGGGAGGCCACAGAGAGAGAAAAAGAGCACCCAGAGGCCAAGGGAUCUUUUUGUGACAUGUGAACAAUGAUCCGUGCCUCCGAAAGCCUUACUGUUGCUGGCUGGAUGUUUGCUAUUAGCAUCAUUAAUGGGCCAAGUUAUGGCAAUGGCAGUAGAACCUGUAAAUUAACUUCCUGAAGGCUGUGUUAGACAACCUUAGGAACAUUAGGAAAAUAAGUAAUGAUUAGAGGAAUAAGUCUCAUUUAAAUUCAGUACACUUUCCCAAUUUCCAUUGGUUUUGCAUUAAAAGAAACACAUACCCUGACUAAAAUCUUUGAGCACAAAAAUGGACAGUUCUAGUCUAUGGAUAAUUCUGAAUGAUGUUGUUUUUCGAAAAACUAUUUUCUUUACUGUCUUCCUCUGUGUAAAUGCUCCCAUUUCAGCCAUGUUUUUAAUUUUCUCCAUACUAACUGGCUCAAGGCAUCUUGGUGUCUGUUGCUAACAGUUGCAGUGAUUUCAUUACUGUUGUAUGAUGUUCAUCCUGUGCCAAUAAAUCAAAGGGAUACACAGCUCAUGA